AUAUAUGUAGUCAGAAAAAUGGUGACGUGUUCAAUGCUUAUUUCACCAGCUGUUUAUCCGGUGCCGGAGGGAAACUGAUGUUAGAAUUCAUCCAAUUCAUUUGAAAAAAGGACAGUUCACAUUCAUCCAGCUCGAUGUGGACACUGGAUCGUCAGAGAUACUGCACGGCACCGGACGGGUGAACUUGUGUAAUGUGGCUGAGAGAGUAGAGGGGGGAGCACAGGGCUCUGCUUCUUCUGGGGUCCUUGUGAGUUGCUAUUUGCUGGCCUGAGGAUCAUCCCCCCCCCCCUAAUGCUUCAUUCAUCCCCAGACUCUGCAGUCAGAUGUCCUUGUAACUGAAAUGCAAGAAUCUUACUGAUCUCACCUAUCUUACUGAAAACUGGAAAGGGACUGGAAACAGGAACAUUGCUCACUCUCUGCCAUGGAUCCUAUAUCCUUUACGGCUCCUAAAACCCCAGCACCAUGUGAAAUUCUAGAAUACAGACUUCAGCUGAUUGGCUCUUUGACUCUGAAUUCUUUUACUACGAUGCCCAUGUUACCGUGGAUUGUGGCAGAGAUCAAAAGGAAAAGCUUGGUGAAGUCAAAGGAUUCCCAACCUGUGCGCCCUGUCCGGCUGUACAUAUCGCCCACAUGUAUCUGUUGUGAGCCCGAUCCCGGUGACAGUCACCAGUGGGAUCCUCUCAUCUGGUCUAGCAUCUUUGAACACAAGCCGCAGUUUGUGAAGAAAUUGAUACACAAUAGUCAGGAUCCCAAUUGUUUUGCCUGUAUGCUCAAGGUAGAAGACGUCCCACAUCAACAAAGCAUAUGCUAUGUCUUCCGAGCUGCUGAACAAGCAAUAGUGCCUGAAAUCAUUGGCUCUAUCAGACAAGCAGGAAAACUAGCACGGCAAGAGGAAAUCCAUUCUCAUUUAUGUGAUGGGGACGAUGCUUUCUCCAAAAAGUUUGAAGUCUUGUUUUGCGGCCGAGUUAUUGUAGCUCACAAGAAGGCACCACCUGCCCUUAUAGAUGAGUGUAUUGACAAGUUUAACCAUGUAAGCUGUAGCAAACAGAAUGACGUCGAUGAUUCACAGCCACCAUCGGACACCAGCACUGGAAUCACGUUCGGGGACAAACUACGUUCUGUUUUCCAGUCGACCUUUAUUGAGGACGAUAAAAAUAAACCUAUACGUAAAUCUUAUUCCCAGCCUGGCCUAAGGUCUAACUCGUUCAAGAGGGAAUGGGAAGAUGGUCACUACAGCCUUCCUGGAUCUUUUGAAGAAAAUGACUAUUCUUUGGAUUUUAAAAGUUCUGGUGAAGUUCGCAACUGCGUACAGCCAACUGACAUGGCCGAAAAUCAGACUAUGCUGUUCACGAUUGGUCAGUCGGAGGUUUACCUUAUCAGCCCUGAUACAAAGAAAAUUGUUAUAGAAAAGAGCUUUAAAGAAAUCUCCUUUUGUUCUCAGGGUAUCCAGCACGUCGAUCACUUUGGUUUCAUCUGCCGAGAGCCUUUAAACAAUGGAGGCUGUCACUUUGUCUGCUACGUCUUUCGGUGCACAAAUGAAGCACUGGUGGACGAGAUCAUGUUGACCUUGAAGCAGGCUUUUAGUGUAGCUGCUGUGCAGCAGAAUACAAAGACUCAUAUGCUUCUGUGUGACGGAUGCCCCAUGCAAUGCAUGCACAAACUCUGUGAGAAAAUAGAAGGUCUUCCCCCAUCAAAAACCAAACUUGAGUUACAAAGACACAUGACCACAUUAAACAAUGAAGAGCAGGCCUCUGUGUUUGAGGAAGUACAGAAAAUCCGUCCUCGGACCGAACAGAGAGAAAAUGAACUCAUAAUUUGCCGUCUGAGGUGUCUCUAUGAAGAGAAGCAGCGAGAUCAUGUCCACUGUGUGGAUCCAAAGCAGGUCUCCCAGAUUUCAAGCAACCCCCUGAAUGAUCUACAGAGCAGUGCCGCCCGCUUCAGAUUGGACUUGUUCAAGAGCAAAGCAAAAAGAUCUUUAACGGAAUCUCUAGAAAGUAUUUUAUCAAGGGGUUAUAAAAAUCGUUCCCAACAGGACAGCACCGGUAGUAUAGACUAUGACAGUUCACUGUGCAGUCCACUGGAAAGUAGUAGUAAGGAACCUUCCUUUAGUGAAGUGGAAACCACAUCUCUAGAAUCGCCUCUAAAAUCUCACGGCUCCAUGGGUGACUUACCUACAGUAACAGAGGACUCUCCCUCCGAGUAUCCUGGAGAAUCAUCUCAGCAAGGAUUCCGACGUCGAGCUAACACUUUGAGUCAUUUCCCUGUCAGAUCUCAGGAUUUACCAGAGCCUGUGCAGAAAACCCCAUCUGUUCCACAGAGGAAGCUUAUGCGACACCACUCCGUGAGCACAGAGACGCCGCUCAAGAGAACUUCCAGCACAGCUUCUAGUGUGCCUGACAGAAAAUCUGCACAGUGUGAUGAAGCUGCCCCUUCUCCUCCUGUCAGUGCAGCCUCUUCUCCUAGAUUCCUCCAAAAACUAAGGCAUAACUCCGGUGGGGACCCUAGUGGUGCGGUCACUCAGAAGAGCCUCUUCUACCGCUCUUCUUUUCGAAAGAAACUUCACUCUUCCUCUUCUGUGCCCAACUUUCUAAAGUUUCUUGCUCCUGUAGCAGAAAAUAGUGCAGCUGAAUGUAACAAGGAACGUGACUUUGAGUGUAAAUCCAUCCAUAGUGAAGCAUCGUGUAGCAGUCCGGUGAGGACGCGGCGGCAUUCUUGGAGACAGCAGAUCUUCCUGCGUGUGGCAACUCCACAAAAGGGAUGCGAUUCCCCAAACAGAUAUGAAGAACGCUCAGAAGUGGGUGAUAUCCCCCCAAGGUCUCCGCUGCAGCCUGUAUGUGAAGAUGGUCUGUUUGGUACUGUAUCAGUAAUAAGACACCGCACUCCAGAAGAACUGAGAGAACUUUGGAAAAAAGCCAUUCUACAGCAGAUUCUACUUCUCAGGAUGGAAAAGGAAAAUCAAAAGUUACAAGCAUCAGAAAAUGACUUGCUAAAUAAGCGCCUGAAGCUCGACUAUGAAGAAAUCACUCCAUGUCUUAAAGACGUGACACUCGUGUGGGAAAAAAUGCUGAACAUCCCCGGAAGAGCGAAAAUUAAGGCUGAUAUGGAAAAGAUUCAUGCUGCUGUUGGGCAAGGUGUCCCUCGACCUCAUCGAGGAGAAAUCUGGAAGUUUUUAGCAGAACAGUAUCAGUUGAGACAUCAGAUGCCUAGCCGAAGCCCCAUAAAAGAUGUUCCAUAUAAAGAGCUACUUAAGCAGCUUACCACUCAACAACAUGCCAUACUUAUUGAUCUGGGACGCACCUUCCCAACACACCCAUACUUUUCGGCACAGCUGGGAGCAGGACAGCUGUCACUCUACAAUAUAUUAAAGGCCUAUUCCUUGCUCGAUCCUGAAGUGGGCUACUGCCAAGGGCUCAGCUUUGUGGCUGGGGUUCUGCUGCUACACAUGAGUGAAGAGGAUGCCUUUAAAUUGCUGAAGUUUCUGAUGUAUGACAUGGGCUUAAGGAAACAGUACCGACCUGAUAUGGUCACCUUACAGAUCCAGAUGUACCAGCUUUCUCGAUUGCUUCAUGACUACCACAGAGACCUGUACAACCACCUAGAAGAGUAUGAGAUUGGGCCUAGUCUGUAUGCUGCCCCUUGGUUUCUCACCAUGUUUGCAUCUCAAUUCCCGCUAGGUUUUGUGGCCAGAGUAUUUGAUAUGCUUUAUCUUCAGGGAUCGGAAGUUAUCUUCAAAGUGGCUAUGAGCUUGUUGGGCAGUCACAAGCCCUUAAUUUUGCAACAAGAAAAUCUAGAGUCAAUUGUGGAGUUUAUAAAGAACACUCUGCCAAAUCUGGGAUUGGUGCAAAUGGAGAAGACUAUAAACCAGGUUUUUGAAAUGGACAUUUCAAAGCAAUUGCAAGACUAUGAGGUAGAAUAUCAUGUACUGCAAGAUGAACUGAUCGAUUCUUCUCCUCUCAGUGACAACCAGAGAAUAAAUAAGUUAGAAAAAGCAAAUAAUACCUUACACAAACAGAACUUUGACCUGUUGGAGGAAUUGCAGGCAUCUAAGGGCAGAAUCCAAAUACUAGAGUCAACGAUAGAUAACUUACAGGCCAAUGAAGUCAAAUUAAAGCAGUCUGUCUCUACCUUAGAGCUGGAGCGAUCCGCCUUACUAUACACAAUUGAGGAACUAAAAAAACAGAUUCAGAAGUCUCAAGAUAAUCCUCUUCAAAUAGAAGAUGAUCCUUAAGAACAUUUCCAAUACCAUGAAGAACUGUGAUUUUUACGAAAGAUGUCCAAGCCAUGUUCUUCCUUAUCCAUUGCACAUUUCUCCAAUUUAAAGAUAAGGAGGAUCUCAUGUCUCAGAAAGAAAUCUUCUGACAUUUUAUUUUAAUGUUUUAUCAUUGUGGGGUUUUAUAUUUUUUUGUAGACGUCUCCUGCUCAUUCCUGGUUUCUCUUUCAUAGUUAAUUCCAUGCUAUUUUAUAUUGGCCUAGCAAGGGAAAUCAUGGUUUUGGAAAGGGAGUGUAUUUAAAAAAAAAAAAAAAAAAAAAAAAACAACUAAAGACUGUUGUAGUUGAGAGAAUGCGAGAUAUCAUCUACAAAGCAUAGUGAAGGAGCCCUUUUGUGAGCUGAGCUAAUAUGUAGUCCUUACUAGCUAAUCUUAUUACAUGGAGGUUGGAUAUUUCCACAAACCAAAAUUUUUAUCUUUUUUUUCCGUAAACAUUAAUGCUGAGGUCAGUCAGUUCUCCCAUUUAUUCCAAUUUGUUUAUUCCAAGUAUUGUGAGGAUCUUUAGUGGGCUAAACAUGCUGUUGGUUUGCAGAACAGAUUAGGUUUCUUCACACUACUUCACCAAUAACGUGAACAGGAACUAGAGUCUAGGAACAGGAUCAAGUCAAGUUCCCACGCGAAUACUAUUUUAUAGAUAAAGAUACACUAUAUUUCCUAAUGUGUCUUGUAAAAAUGCCCUGUUGCCCAAUACAACAGGCGAUACUAAAACUGAAAUCUAUAUAGGAAGCUAAGCUGCUUCCAUGUUUUAAAAGUGUAUGCAAUCCAAAUCAUUGAUGCAAAGUCUCAGUUCUAGUUACUAUAGAAUGUAUUUUAUGUACAUUUAAAUGUGCAACAAGGAGGAGUCCUAAAAUUAACGUUUUAGGUGGGUAUAUAUCCUUCCCCGCGCCAGUUCAAAGUAGGAAAAUUGCCUAGCACUUGUGUGCAAGCAGUUUAUACACAAAUGGGCCUUGCACAAUUUUGCCACCUUGCGCUGGCGCAGGGAAUGAUUAAUUUCUCCCAAAAUGUUAAUUUUAGGACUCCACAUUGUCGCACUCCUUGUUGCAGAUUUUUUUUUUUACCUAAAUAUUUAUAACUGUAUAUUAUAUAUAUUUUAAAAUUUUCUUUUAAAUAAGUAUUAUUAAGUGUUGAGUUUUAACAAACAUAACCAUACCUUUUGGUUGUUUGCUUUGGAACCAAAUCUUUUCCUCACUCCUAGGUGUUGUACAUUUUAGGCUGGAUUCAUAAGGUGAAGUUUUUUUUCUUUUGCAUUAUCAUUUUUGGAAGGUCAGAGGUAAAAAAAAUUCACCCUAAAUAUACUUGGGUUUUUACUGUGAGGUGCCUUGGUUUUGCAUUACAGAUUUUGACUGUGCAGUUUUCACAGGUGAAACUUUAAAAUGUGUCACCUAUGAGUUUUCAAUAACCUCAUUGUAAAACCAUAGCGUUCCAUAGAAAAAAUGCAUAUGUUUUGUGGUGAAUUUUUCUCCUUUGACUUUUUGGACCGUGAUAAAAAUGUGAAAACAAAUGUAACAUCUGUACCCAGCCUUACUUUGGUAGCUGGUUACAAAGCUCUGCCUAGAUAUAUUCAUUAUCCUAACAAAUGUCACAUAGGCCACAGUCAAAAUCCAUUCAUUGAUAUAAUUAUGGCUAACUGAAUAUUCGUACAUGUAUUCCAUAAUCUGAAUCAUCACUCAUAAAGGUCAUAUACUGUAUAUACAGAUUAUUUGUUCAACACAGUGUCAGAGAGGCUGAGUUGAGCCACAACAUGCAUGCCUCCUCCCUCCCCCCACCCCUCCCUGUCUUGACUGAUUUGAGUACAGGGCUUGUCUCCCAGGACUAAGCUAUGUACAUAAAACAGUUAAUACAGGCAGGUGUGGGGGAGGGAGGAGGCAUGCAUGCUGCAGCUCACACAGCCUCUUUUGACACCUUGCUUUGAGAAUGAUUAAGAUCUGACAGAUUCCUAUUAAAUGCAAGCCACCAUUACUCACAACAGAUUUUCAAGCCUGUUUGGUAAUUGUUCAAAUUAAUGGAAAUUACUUUCACUGAUUGAAACCUAUUGUUAAAUGGAACCUCGAAGCUGCUGGUGUCCUUGUUUACUGGCAGAAAUUGAAUAGUGAUUGUGGAAGGCCCAGAUGAUCAUACACAGUGUUUAUCAUUCAUAGGCAAUAUGCAGGAGAAGCAUCAGGCAUUGCACAAUUGCCUCUGCAAUACUACUUCCUGGUUAACCCUUAGAUGUCACUCCAGCUGUUAAUGCUGGUAACCCAGGCAAAACUAUACCAUAAUGCUGCUAAACAUGUACCAUGUAGUUUAUUUUAAUUAUUAUCUAAUCUAAGUUAAAGGGGUACUCUGGUGGAAACUGGCUGUAUACUACAGAGGAAAUUCUUAUCUUUUUGGAUUUAUUUUCUGUCUUGACCACAGUGCACUCUGCUGACACCUCUGUCCAUUUUAGGAACUGCCCAGAGCAGCAUAUGGCUGGGUUCACAUCACGUUUUUGCCAUACUGUUUUCAAUCCAUUUUUUUAAAGAAAACCGUAUGCCAAAAAAACGGAUGGAACAGUUUGGGAAAAAGUAAACCGUAUGCGUUUUUAAACAGUAUACUGUUUUUAAAAGUGCAUACAGUUCUGUCUGUUUUUAUAGGGAAAAAAAACAUACGUUUUUGAAAAUGUUGUCCAUUUUUAAUGGGAGGGGUCUUGGGUGGGGACUUUAGGAUGCAAAUGCGCAUGUGCAAAGUAAAAACCGUAUAUGUUUUCCCGUAUGGAACCGUAUACAUGUGCGUUUCCCAUUGACGUCCAUGU